GACAGCUUUGCACACUCUCAGACCCUAGACAGAACCACCUGUCAGAACCUAGACAGAACCACCUGUCAGAACCUAGACAGAACCACCUGUCAGAACCUAGACAGAACCACCUGUCAGAACCUAGACAGAACCACCUGUCAGAACCUAGACAGAACCACCUCUCAGACCCUAGACAGAACCACCUGUCAGACCCUAGACAGAACCACCACUCAGACUGGUAUUUUUAUACAUGUAAUUUCUUUAAUGGUUUGUCGGUUAGAAUAUAUAUAUAUAUUUUUUUUUACAUUCACAACUUUGUAUUUCCAUGAACACUGAUGACAGAAGAAUAAAGACAGACGUAUAGCGCUAGCAGGUUCCACAUCUCCACCCCGCUGUAGAAUACUGACGGAAAAGGCAAGGAUGAUGUCAUAGAUGUCACACAGAUGAUGUCACAGGAGUGUGUCGGCGUGUAUGAGAGUCAGAGGUUCUGUUCAGGUUGUCUCCCCAGCAGAGCAGAAAGCCAAUCAGAGGUUCUGUUCAGGUUGUCUCCCAAGCAGAGCAGAAAGCCAAUCAGAGGUUCUGUUCAGGUUGUCUCCCAGCAGAAAGCCAAUCAGAGAUUCUGUUCAGGUUGUCUCCCAGCAGAAAGCCAAUCAGAGGUUCUGUUCAGGUUGUCUCCCAAGCAGAGCAGAAAGCCAAUCAGAGGUUCUGUUCAGGUUGUCUCCCAGCAGAAAGCCAAUCAGAGAUUCUGUUCAGGUUGUCUCCCAGCAGAAAGCCAAUCAGAGGUUCUGUUCAGGUUGUCUCCCAGCAGAAAGCCAAUCAGAGGUUCUGUUCAGGUUAUCUCCCAGCAGAAAGCCAAUCAGAGGUUCUGUUCACGUGGUCUCCCAGCAGAACAGAAAGCCAAUCAGAGAUUCUGUUCAGGUGGUCUCCCAGCAGAAAGCCAAUCAGAGGUUCUGUUCACGUGGUCUCCCCAGCAGAGCAGAAAGCCAAUCAGAGGUUCUGUUCAGGUGGUCUCCCAGCAGAAAGCCAAUCAGAGGUUCUGUUCAGGUGGUCUCCCAGCAGUAUAGAGGAGGACGAGGUUAGCAGAGUGUUAUCCUGUAUAUAAUAUGGUGGACAGGGGAUCAUAUAAACACCAGAGAGCUGGGGAGCGUGGCAGCCGGAGGUCGGAGGUCAGAGGUCAGAGGUGGAGUCCAGUAUCCUGUCAGAUAUAAACACCAGAGAGCUGGGGAGCGUGGCAGCCGGAGGUCGGAGGUCAGAGGUCAGAGGUGGAGUCCAGUAUUCUGUCAGCAGUUUGGUGGGACUCCUCUUCACUGAGGCCUUUUCCGGGCUCUGAGUGUGUGUGUGUGUGUGUGUCUGUGUGUGUGUGUGUCUGUGUGUGUGUGUGUGUGUGUGUGUGUGU